AUGGAGGACGAGGACGAGGGAGAGGGGAUCCCCGUUGAGGAGAGUGCAGAGGUCCCCUGGAGGAGGAGGAGGAAGGGGAAGAGGGGCCAUAGAGGAGGAGGAGGAGGAAGAGGAGGGGGUCCCACUGGAGGAGGACGAGAGAGAGGGUUCUUCCUAGGGGGGGGAGAUCCCCUGGAGGAGGAGGAGGAGGAGGAGGAGGGGGAGCGAGUGAAGGAGGUCUUCCUCGAGGAGGAGGAGGAGGAUGAGGUGGAGGAAGAGGUCCCCCUGGAGGAGGAGGAGAAGGAGGAAAGAGGACCCCAUGGAGGAGGAGGAGGAGGAGGAGGAAAGAGGACCCUCAGUAGAUUGCCCUGGAGGAGAAUGAGAAGGGCAGGGGGAUCCCAAGGAGGAGGGGAGGAGGAGGAAGUCCUCCUCGAGGGGGACAAGGGGGUAGAGGAUCCCCCUGGAGGAGAAUGA